AUGUCCUCUGAUUACAACAAUGUCGCAGACUGUCAACCUGAGUCGCCUUCCACUGUCUUCUCACACAUCUUCCUACCUUAUGAACAAAGCCUGAGCAUGCUUGAUCUCAUCAUGUCUAUGUUGGAGAAGCUCCGUCCCAUCCCGAAGGGCCUGACAAACCCUCCCAGCGCGGAUCUCGCUCGCUUUGAGAAGCUCCCCAGCGACGUUAUGAACAACAUACUUGUUCAACUCGACGUCGAUGAACUUCGAGGGAACCGAAAACGGAGAACUCAGCAGUAG